AAGAAGAACCUGAAUAUCAGUGAGAGGGACCCAUGUUACAAAGUCAGAUAUUUGGGCAAUGUCCAAACCGCCAUGAUGAAAGGCGACGGCUGUGUGGACAAACCAGUGGGAACCAUCUGGAACAACUAUAUGCGCAGCUCCCAUGCUGGAUUAGAAAUGAAGCUCAAUAUCACUGGAUCUGGUCUUAAGGCGCAUACCAAGGAACAGGGAUUGACGGAGUACAGAGCUCAUCGAAUUUCUUACUGCAUAGCCCAUCCCAGCUACCCACGACUUUUCGUUUGGGUUUACAGACACGAGGGCAAAAGAAUGAAGAUGGAACUACGAUGCCAUGCAGUUUUGUGUAAAUCUGAAGCUAAAGCGAAAGCAAUGGCCGUGCAGUUGCAUCAGAAGCUGUCGUUUUCUCUGAAGGAAUUUCAAAGAGAGAAAAUCAGGAAGCAAAAUUCUCGCCUGGUUUUGGAAAGAACCAAAUCGUUGCCCAUUGCCAACUCGGUGCUGCCUCUAAGGAAGCAAUUCCUCAGCACUGGCACGAACUUUAAGCCGCCAAUUUCGAAAUCAAAUACGGCACCACGAUUGGGUUCCAUCACAGAAAAUCACCAAGACGAGGAA